AUGAAUCAAUGUCAUGUACCUAUUUCCAACAGUUCUUCAGUAUAUGAACCAAUUUCCGACGAUGAACCUCAAAUAUUUAUCCCGGUUAAAGAUGAUGAACAACAACAGCAACAACCGCCUUUACUUGAACAACCUCCACAUAAACAACGACGAACUACUGAAGCUCGACGUCGACGAAACCGAAAACGAAACAAUACUCAUCUUUUACAUCGUUAUCGUUAUACUUUAAUUCGUCGAAUUUACUCCCGAUUUACCAUAUCGUCAAUCAAAACAAUUCUUCGGCAACAUCAUGUUCGAUAUACACAUGUGAAGGUUGUUGAUUCAUCAUUACUUAUUGGUGUAAAAAAUUCGACGCUCAAACAUAAAACCGAUCAACAUUUACCCGGUGAUACAUUUGAUCGAUCUCAUUAUUAUUUACAUCGUCAUACAGGUAAACUUUAUUGUCAAUGUAACGACGAAAAACGCGAGAGUAAAUCGACUAUUCCACUAAAUGAAUACAUUCGUUUAUGUAUCACUAUUCGACAUCAUCCUAAUCUACAAGAAGUUUUCAGUGAACUAUGUGAUACUGAAAGACUGAUUGUUGAUUUAAAACGAACAUUUCCAUCAUUAAUCAAGGAAUUAGGUACAUUCGAACAAACAUUUGGUGACAUUCAAUGGCGUCAUAAACUCAAUUCUGAGAGCUUCUAUUUACCGAAUAGAAUUGAAGAACGAGCGAAAGCGAUUCUUCAAUGGCUAAUCAAUCAAUCUGAACGAAAUAUUGUUGUUAUCUCGUAUAAUUUAAUGUUGAAAGCAAUAUUUCAAUUACAUAAUCAACUUAUUGAUACGAAAAAUGGUGACAUUUAA